AGUAGUUUCUGAAGGGUUUCAUCUUGGAAAAAUCGAAAAUUUUGUAAAAUCUCCGACAUGAAACACGUAAACAUGGUGUAGACGUAAUUUUUAUAUACCUAAAGUGCGUUAUUCGGCGAAAAUGACACCUUAAACGCAUCGACUGCAUUCUUUAACAUGUAUUUGAUAUUUAGGUCUUGACAGCUAAUAAACCAAAUACAGAAACAAAGCGAUUAUUUUGUGUUUUGUGUAAUUUGUACAGCUUUGAUAAUGUUUUCGAAGACGCAAACAAGUAAGGAUACGUUUCUGGAGCAGACCAAAGCAGCCCGAGAGGAGCGAGCGCUGGAAAAGAAGAGGGAACAGUCUGCUGUUAAAAUACAGGCUCUCGUCAGAGGAUGGCUUGCACGUCAGAGAUUCAUUGCACGAAUUUUGAAUGAAUUUGACCAAAUUCUCCCAGAAGCAGUAACUCACAGUUCUCAAGAUGAAACGCCGCCGACUUUGGACCUGUUGCCAGCUCUGGAAGUGUACCGCGUCACAUGUAGAUUAUUUUUGAUAUUCAAACAACAACGAGACAGGAAAAGAUUUGAGAAACUCUGCAAGUACAUCGUGCAAAGUCUGCACUCUGAUUCAGUGAAGCUUUCAUAUGUUGGGGUGUUUCUAAAUAAAGAAUACAGUCUACGAUGGAUAGCCCAUAUAAAGGAUCUUCUUUACAAAUGCUGCAUAUAUCUGGAAGAGCUGAAGCCAGAGUCUCCGCUAGACAUGCAGAGUAUACUAAUCUUCCUACACACACUUGUUGCCUUCACUGCAACAAACACUUGGGCCAUUACUCGGCUCAGAAACUUCGAGAAACUCCGUGGAGGCAUGACACAGCUGUGUGCAAAUGUUAUGGGUUCAUUGUUCCAUAAAGGCUAUUAUUUAACUUUGAAGUCACUACUUCUUCGUGGACUGUGUCGAGAAAAAGUGUCACUUAAAAAUGUUGCACUGACUGCUAUAGUGACACUGUCUUUGCGGCCACUCAUCUCAGCUCAGUUCUCGGAAAAACUGCUGACCAUGUACAUCAUCCAAAUCCUAUCAGUGCCUACACUUGUUUUCCAUAUGCAGCAGAUAUCCCCAGAGUCCAUGGCGGUAUUCCGCACGCACGGCAUGUUCGACAAGUGCGUAGACUUCCUGAGUGCAGACCAAAACAUGCGCAUCGUGUUCAACACGCUAGAGGGCAACUACGCCUUAUGUCUGCUAGCUAACCUCGUGCAGCUGGCCCAUUGCGAGCGGGAGCACGCGUUACCCGACACCUACUACCCUACCUUCGUGCUGGUAGUGACGCGGUUCCUCGACUCGUGCCAGCAAUACGUGGUCUGCAAGAAAGGCAACCUCAGCAACUGGCACCCGGUAUUGGGCUGGUUUUCGCAAAGUUUCGACGCGUAUCUGCCGCAAGCGAUGGGGAACCUGCGGACACAACUAUCUCUCUUAUGGGGAGCUCCGAUGCUGAAGAAGAUACUGGCGCAGCCGCUGAAGCUGGUACUGGGCUGGUUCUCACAAAGUUUCGACGCGUAUCUGCCACAAGCAAUGGGAAACUUGCGGACACAGCUAUCGCUGUUUUUCGACGCGUAUCUGCCGCAAGCGAUGGGCAACCUGCGGACACAACUAUCUCUCUUAUGGGGAGCUCCGAUGCUGAAGAAGAUACUGGCGCAGCCGCUGAAGGAGAUGCUAGACGCUGGUGUAACAGGCGAGGAAGGUGCAGGUCCCUCACAACCCUCAACUCCAGUGCAGAGCAAUAACCCCGCCGCUAUUAUCCGACGCGCCAUAGAGGCUAGGACUAACAGGGCCAGCUCGAACAAGAACUACAGAAAGCUGGGGUCCCCAGACUGCACUAAAGCGGCGCUUAUCUGCUCCAUGUACCACACCGCGCUGCAGACCAUGAAGCAAGUUCGGCUCGAUAUACUCACCGGCUUAUGCAACCAAGACGAGAUACUCUACUCGCUAUGGCAGUUCCUUUGCACCCUGGGCCCUACCUGCGGGUUAAAAUCUUUCCUGGACCUCCUGGCCGUCAACACCAAGACGUCUGCACCCGAGUUCCAGAUGCUGAUACUAUUCACGGAUUGCAUGACGCACUACGUCACGAUCCUGGACGACAUGGAGAUGUACGAGCAGCAGGAGCCGUUCAAGCUGCAGGACUUCGUCAACAUGUCGCACUUCCUCAACAUGUUCGUCUACAAGUCCAUUAUGGGCCAGCUGUUUGAUCUCAAGACCAUCCAAAGUAACGAGCUGUUCAGCUGUGUUCACACAUUACUCCUGGUGCUAUACCGGCGCGAUUGCCGGCGCGCCUACACGCCGCCGCAGCACUGGCUGGUCCGAGACAUCCGCGACUCGCAGUUCAUGGCCGACCUGGACAAGGGCAAGAAGCCGCAGCAGGUGUUGGUGCAAAAAACUCCACACAUGAUCGCUCAUGGAGAAAGAGUCAGACUUUUCAGGCGUGCCGUGGCCGAUGAAAAGGUGGUGCUAGGCCUAACGGAGCGAGCUUGCGGCGGGCGUUCUACACUAGUCACCGUACGAAGGGCACGUUUAGUAGAAGAUGGUUACCGGCAGUUGGCGGCGCUGCCUAGCCGCGCGUUGAAGGGCUGCGUGCGCGUGCGCUUCAUCAACGAGCAGGGGCUGGACGAGGCCGGCAUCGACCAGGACGGCGUGUUCAAAGAGUUCCUGGAGGAGACGAUAAAGCGCGUGUUCGACCCGUCUCUUAACCUGUUCCGCGCCACGAGCGAGGAGCGCCUGUACCCCGCGCCCACGUCCUGCCUGCAGGACAACCACCUGCAACUCUUCGAGUUCAUCGGCCGCAUGCUCGGCAAGGCCGUCUACGAGGGUAUCGUGGUGGACGUGCCAUUCGCGUCGUUCUUCCUGAGCCAAGUACUGGGGCAGACGCAGCAAGCGCUGUACAGUUGGAUCGACGAGCUGCCCUCACUCGAUCGCGACCUCUAUCGGAGUCUGACGUACAUUAAACACUUUCAGGGUGACAUAUCGUCGUUAGAGUUGACGUUCUCAGUGGACGAAGAAAGGCUAGGAGAAAUAGUAACACACGAAUUAGUGCCGGGGGGCAAGGCCAUCCCCGUCACCAACGAAAACAAAAUAAAUUAUAUCCACCUUAUGGCUCACUUCCGAAUGCACACGCAAAUAAAGGACCAAACCAACGCGUUUAUCAAAGGCUUUAGGACGAUUAUAAAUCCAGAAUGGUUAUCGUUAUUUUCUACUCCUGAGCUGCAACGGCUGAUCAGCGGCGACAACGUGCCGCUCGACCUGCGCGACUUACGACGCCACACGCAGUACUACGGCGGCUUCCACGACUCGCACCGCGUCGUGUGCUGGCUGUGGGACGUGUUACAGCGCGACUUCAGCGAGAAUGAACGCGCCAUGUUCCUCAAGUUUGUGACGUCGUGUUCUAAGCCUCCCGUGCUCGGAUUCGCGCACCUGAAGCCGCCGUUCUCGAUACGAUGCGUUGAAGUUGGCGACGACGAGGACACUGGCGACACUAUAGGUAGCGUAAUCCGUGGAUUCUUCACGAUCCGCAAAAAGGACCCGUUGAACAGACUGCCGACUUCUUCCACCUGCUUCAAUCUACUGAAGCUGCCCAACUACCAGAAGCGAAGCACGCUACGCGACAAGCUGCGGUAUGCCGUCAAUAGCAACACGGGCUUCGAACUCUCGUAGGCUCAAAUCUUUCAGCCACAGAUAACGAUGUACCGUUCCUGGGAACAUUGCCGAAAGUUUGAGAAAAUUAGUCCCGGCGACUAUAGGAAUAUUUAAAAAAAAAUUAAGUUAAAUUGGUAAGCUUCUUCAAGCACUGAAAUACGCGAUAUGGUCAUCAAUCGCGAUUCGAAUUGACGCGUGGACUCCGCUAGACAAAGUACACACAACUAGAACAUCAUAUUUUAACUUAUUGAACUGGAGAUCAGUCGAAUAAGAUUUUUAUAGUGCGGGCACUGAUUUUGACUUCAAAAAGUGGGUUAUGCAUCGACUUUACUUGACUAUAGUGUCAUAAUCUCCUUUUCGGAAGCAGUCGACUGAAUAAUAUUGAUUUCGAUGCUAUUUAAAGUAACACCCUUCUAGACAAAGUAGCGUAUAAAGAUUCAGUUUCAAAAAUCCCUUUGUGAAACAAUAAAUCCGUGUUAAUGUUACUUUGUCUGAAGGGGCAGUUCAUAGAUAGCUUGAACGAUGGAUUAAACGUGCCACAUUACAUUAUCAAAAGUUCUAGGUCAAAAAAACUACACAGUAAAAACAUCCUUUUAUAAAUAAUGUUGAUCUCUUAAGUUUUCACGCAAAAUUGUCUGUGUUAAUUAUAAGGUAUAUUAUAUCACCUCCCAAUAUGAGUAUACCUUUAAUAAAUCACCUGUGCCAUCGGAAUAUACUUUUGUGUACUCAAGAAUAUCAACGAAGACCACAAAAAUUCUGAUGACAUUAAAACUGAGACUAAUAAUUUGGCAUUAACUUUUAGAGCGCUUUCACAUUAGGGCGUUAGAAGCGCGACAACAGCGCGGCAGUGGCGUUUUUAUAAUGUGAAGGCAUGCAUCCGCUGUCACAUACUAUGAAAUUUUCGGCAGCGCGUCUGUCGCGCGUUUGUCGCGCUGCUAAAUCGCCUAAAUGUGAAAGCGCUCUUAAUCUCACUCCUAAAAUAAUGUGUGUGCGCUAGCCACACUACAUUCGUAGCAAGUCAACUUUGAAAUUUAAUUACGACAUAUUUAUGUAAAGAAUCAAUAGAGUACGGAUGAAAAGGGUAGAUUUGUUAUAUCUGCAGAGUCCAUUCCACAUAAGAAGUCCUAUGCCCUAUCUUUGCAAUAAUCAACACAGGUUUCAGUACAUUUUCACACUUUUAUAUUUUAUAUCCACUGGCUUCAUUUGUGUAAUGGGCUCUUUACGUGUACUAUAAUUAGCUAAUUAAAGAUAAAUUCUGUUAAAACGUUUUAGUAUCACAUCCAGAUAUAAAAUUUAUUUGCACCAUUAUUACUUAGUAAAUGUGUUGCUAUGUAAUGGGAUAUGAUAUGGCUUGAGUAGUUGUGUUAUAAUAAUACCAAUGCAAUCAAUACUGUACAUACUUGAACGCUCUGCGGUAUAUCGAGCUCGGCCAGUAACUUAGGAAUUAGAAAUAUUAUGUAUCUAUUAUACUGUUCGUUGUUGAAUGCGUUAAAUUGUAAAAUAUUACAAGUGAAACGCAAUUUUGUAUAACAAUGCACUGAUAUCAGAAACACAAUCUGAGAUUAAACUUAAUGCAAUAAUGUCAUAUAAAUAACUUGACUAUUUACUUUAUUAUACUUGUAUAAAUUCUUUUUGUAACUGCAGUAUGGAUUAAGUUUCUCGUUAAGGCCUAAAUAUCGAGCAUGACUGCUGGUAUGAAUAGAAUCAGGUUAAAACAAAAGCCUAAAAUAAUGAUACGAAUUAUCUAUUUUAUUCAGUAUCACAUAGAAGAACAACGCACACAUGGAAUAGGCUCUUGGCGUACUCAAACUCCUAUUGUGUAACGACACUCAAAUAUGAAUCUACAUACACUAGAAACAAGCUUGUGAUUGGUUCAAAUAUUGGCAUUCAACUAAUUACAGAUAUCGUUAGAUCUAAACUUGAAAUUGAACGGCGCUUUGAGCUUCAUUUCACAAUACCGGCAUCAAGUAUAAAUUUUAAAAUGACCACGCUCAUUUGGUUCCAACUAAGAAUACAUAAGCCUCUGAUUAAAUUCAAUCAUCUUAGUAUUUAGAAUCGACUUACGAGCGUUGAAUCAUCAAAUUAAUGUCAUUAAAACAAACCAAGUAACAACAGGCUGUUCUAUGUGUCCGUUAGUUGUAUGAAUAGAAGUAUGAUAAUGUUUAGAAUGUAUGCUGUGUACGUAUUACCUAUACAUUUUAAUAUUGGUAUCAAACGAAUCCCAAAUGAUUCGGUCCAGUCCAAUUUAUAAAUAGGUGUAUAUAGACAAUAAUGUGUUAGUUCGUUAUACGAAUAUUGAAUUUAUUUAUUUACGUACCCAUUUAUGUACAGUACAAACCUCUCGCUCUUGUUAUUUUCUUAAUAUUAUAUAGAGUAAUCAACUCUGAUAAAAUUCUUAGAAGUAGAUCAAAUCUUCAUGUUUUACAUAAUUAUUUUCUUAUGCCCUGCGAAUAAGUGUUAUAAUUUUAUUCUUGAGUUUACCAAACAAUUUUAUGGUCAUGGGAUAUCGUAAAUAUCACCUCUCGUCGUUGAGAAAAGCUAUUUUUUAUUUGUAUUUAUCAAUAAAUUUAAUAACAGCUGAAUCGUGUGUAUUAAACAUUUUAUCGGUGGGGAUUUUAAAUUGAUUUUAUUAGCUUUUUAGAGAACGUUUUUCUAUGUUGUUGAAGUGAAUUUAUUCCCAUGUCCACCAACAUCAAUAGGUUAUACUACUUUAUAUUUAUUUAAUAACUUAUCCCCUUACUAAUAAAAAGUUACAAAGUUGUUGAACACUGUUUUAAAAUGACAUUUCCAUACUAAACGUCACUUUAAAACACUGUUCAACGAGCGUGUAAGUUUUAUUAGCAAGGGGGUUAAAGAUUAAGCACCGACUUCACAUGAAAACCUAUUUUCUUUCUGUUGCAAUCCUGAUAUAGUUUAAUAACAAAUAUUUUAUUCACAAAGUCGAUUUAUAUUUAAUUUUGUUACUAUUUAGUGCAAUUUCUUUUAUGCCAUAUAAUGUCAUCCAUCAUUGUAACAUAAUCAGGUUUCAUACUACAUAAACUCGAACAAAGAUAGUAUUUUGUAGUAGUGUUUCCGUUUUGAUUAACUUUUAAGUAUUUACUAUUAAAUUAUACUUACUUACAUAUAAACAUGGAUCAUUGUGAGGAAUAUUUUGUACUAGCCACGUAAAUAUGUUGUAUAACACAAUGUGAUUCUCUGUGAUAAAAUAAUUGAUAUUUAUUAA